AUUAUUGUGUCAAUUGUGAAGACGAACGGCAAUCAAUUUCAGUUGCUAUAGACUUUGGAACUACUUAUUCUGGCUAACGCUUGUUUAACUACGGAUACUAUUAUACAGGAUCUUGCCGAGGUAAAAGCAAUAUUCAUUAGAACUAUGUGCACGGAAGUAAUGUCCAGACAAAACCUAGCCAAAUACCAUUAUGGGAUGGUGCUCGAAUGAGAGGCAAAUAUUACUGUCCAGUGAAAAUCAGAGAAGUUCUGAUGAAGACGACUUAUAUGAAGAACUUAACAAACAGAGAAGCUUUGAUGAAGAUGACUUAUUUGUGGAACUUCAGCUUCAAAAGAUCCUGGUACAAGAGGCAGAAGAUAGUAACAAACAGAGAAGCUUUGAUGACGAUGACUUACUUGUCGAACUUCAGCUUCAAAAGAUCCUGGUAAAAGAGGCAGAAGUUAGAAAAUUCCAUCCUGAUGAAAUCGCCCUACGAAAAAUAGAUGGGGGCUGGCGUGAAAAGCUGUUAAGACUUUUGGCUAAAGAGAAAGCGAAUGAAAAGAAAGGGCUGGGAAAGAACAAGAAUAAAAAUGUGCGACGGUCAAACGCCGAAUGUAAGGAAGACGAACACAAACAAAAUGGAAGCUCUCAGCUUCAAAAGAUCCUCGUAAAAGAGGCAGAAGUUAGGUAAACAUUAAUAAUGUAUUCUAACAAUAGUAAUAAUAUUUACGCACACAACUAAUUACUUUCAUCAUUAUUAUUUGAAUUAUUACA